CUCUUAGAGGAGAUUCUACCCAAUCUGGAUUAGCUUUCCAAACGCGUACAACAGCUCGAGACUCUUGAGACGAAACAACGGAGGUGUACUCCCAUCUCAAUUCCUCCGAGAGCACAGGCUCUUUAGCUUCGAAAGUCUAUCUCGAUAUGUACUUAAAGCUGGUGAAGUCUUCUUGAUUUUUUCUCUUACCACAACACACAAUCCACUUUCAUUCUUUACCCAACUUACCUCUUCGGUACAUUUUUCACCAUGAAGCUCGCUACACUCUUUUUCGCCAGCGCGGCAUCGCUCGCUCUGGCAGCGCCUGCGGCCACAGUCCAGAAACGCGCGGAUUACUGUGGGCAGUGGGACAACGCUGUCAAUGGCCCAUACACGACUUACAACAACCUGUGGGGCCGUCGCGAUGCCACUUCAGGCUCGCAGUGCACCGGAGUCGAUGGGUUCAGCGGUAACACCAUCAAGUGGCACACCAGCUGGUCUUGGGCUGGCGGGCCUGGCAAGGUCAAGUCCUACGCCAACGUCGUCACAAAGAUCUCCCAGAAAGCGAUCUCAUCCAUCAAGGCGCUUCCCUCAACCUGGUCAUGGGCGUACAGCGGAUCUUCCGUUAUCGCCAACGUAUCGUUCGAUCUCUUCACCUCCUCCACUGCGGCAGCCAAAGCCGAGUAUGAAGUGAUGAUCUGGGUCGCCGCUCUCGGUGGCGCCGGACCCAUCUCCUUCGAUGGCAAACCCAUUGCGACCAUCACGCUGGCUGGCAGCAGCUGGAGACUGUUCAAGGGAAAGAACGGUGACGUGAACGUCUUCAGCUUCGUCGCGGUAAAUGAAGUUAGGAACUUCAAGGGCGACCUCAUGGAGUUCCUCAACUAUUUGAUCAACAAGCAGGGUCUGCCCAAGACGCAGAUUCUACAGUCGGUCGGCGCGGGCACAGAACCCUUCUCCGGCUCCAACGCUAAGCUUACCGUCUCUGGUUACACCUUGUCGCAAAGCUAGAUUGCGAACACAUGACUAAGAUAGUUGAGGUGGGAUAGGAGACGGGCAAGGUGCGGAAAUGAGAGCGCGCAGAGGGGACUAGAGUGAUUCUACUGUACAUAUUAUACAAACCACUUAUAAACCCAAU